AGAGCAGCUCGGCACAGAGGAGCUCGGCUCGGACGAGGCAGGAGGAGCAUGAAGGAGCUGCUGAGUUUCUCCUGAGGACAAAACCCUGACGCCGAUCAGAAUGGGAAACACAGACAGCCACAACAGCAGCUUCGUCUCCCCGACCAAGUCCUGCUCGCUGCGGUUCCACUGCAGGAAGGAGGAGGUGCAGUCCGCUCACAGCUGGUGGCGGGGAAGCGAGGGGAGCAGGGGGCCGGCCAGGUGCUACGCCGCCACCGCCGCCGCACAGCCUUAUGGGUCCUGGCACCACGAAGGGCCCGGCAGCAAGCUGAGAGCCGGAUCUCCGCAGAGGUUCGUCCGAGGUGAGCGUUUGCAAGCCGGCUGCAAAGGCGUCCGUCGCUUUGGGUACCUGGAGAGCAGCGGGGAGAGUAACGGUAUCGGGAUGUGCGGCCGGCGGAGCCCCGACAGCAGCCCCAAGGUGCUGCUCAGCAAGGAUGGCAGCAUGCGGGUGGAGUUCACUAAUGCGAGGGUUGUCCCAGUGGAGACACAGGGCCUGGGCAGCCACCCCACCGCCACCAACGUCCCGGAGCCGUCCCUUCGCACCAGUAAAGGCAGCUCGCUGAGCUCAGAGGGCUCCUGGUACGACUCGCCGUGGGGAAACGGCACCGAACUGGCCGACAACGUCUUCACCUGCGGGCAGAGCACAGACAACAGCAGCGGCUACACCACGUACUCCUCUACCCGCACCGAGGAAACCGGCGGCGGCUACGCCAGCAGCGGGUACAACACCUUCUCCUCGGCCCAGAUUGAGGACAUUUCCCCUGGAUUCAGCACCAGCCUCCUCUUCCCAACCGCUGACACCAACGUCAGCAGCGACUUCACCCCCCGCGGGUACAGCAGCACCGGAUACAACACGUGCUCCUCUGGCCGGACAGACGACAGCGGCAUUGGGGAUUCGGUGAUCAUGCAGCCGGAGCCCAGCGAGCUCAGCCUGGGUUUGCCUGCCACCGCGUCCCUGACCGAGCUCUACCCGAGCGCCAACACCACGGCCCCCUUUCCCACUGCAUCCACGAUGCUCCACAACGGGCUGCUGCAGCAACAGAGGGGCUCACCGGCCUCCUCGUCCGUGCUUCUGGACGCCGUCAUCCAGGAGGAGGGCCCAGGAGGCGGCGAGGAGCAGCGGUAUGCAUCUCGUACGCUGCCGUGUCGCAGGGCGGAGCCUGUUAGUGCCACCACGGGGAACAGCCGGAAGGACUUCCUGAAAAGUCGCAUCAGACGCCUGAGCGACUGGACAGGAAGUCUGAGCAGGAAGAAGAGAAGGAUACAGGAGCCGUACGGCAGCGAGGCGAGCGAUGUCUUCAGCGGCGGACUGGACGGCGGCACGCUGUGGUCCUCCAACCCGCUCCACGUCCUCAACCAGAACCAGAACCAGAACCAGAACCAGAACCAGAACCAGAGCCAGAGCCAGGUCCACUCGGUGCUCUGCGGUUCCUCCAGGAGCCUGCCGGGCCCUCAGAACCCGGCCCAGAGCGGCGACGUUCUGCGGCAGAACAUCUACGAGAACUUCAUGCAGGAGCUGGAGACGGGCUGCGGCGCCGCCGAGGGGACCGAGCCGUCCGAGGAGGACGAGGAGGCGGACGAGGAGGCGGAGGCGGGGCUGCAGGAGGAGCAGGAGGAGGCGGGCGAGGUGGAACAGCUGGACCGGCUGUUCGAGCAGGAGCAGGGCGUGGUGCGGCGGGCCGGCUGGCUCUCCUUCAAGGCCCUCAUCACCCUGAACAAGGACAGGAAGCUGGAGCUGGUGGGCCGGCGCCGCUGGAGGCAGUACUGGGUCACACUGAAAGGUUGCACGCUGCUCUUCUACGAGACGUACGGGCGGAGCGGCGGCGGCGGCGGCGGCGAGCAGGAGCUGUCGCCGCGCUACGCCCUGCUGGCCGACGACAGCAUCGUGCAGGCCGUGCCGGAGCACCCGAGGAGGGAGCACGUCUUCUGCCUGAGCAACUCGCACGGCGACGUCUUCCUGUUCCAGGCCGCCAACCAGACGGACCUGGAGAACUGGGUGACGGCGAUCCACUCGGCGAGCGCGGCGCUGCUGGCCAAGCGUCAGGGCAGGGAGGACACGCUGCGGCUGCUGCGCUGCCAGAGCCGCUCGCUGCUGCACAAGAUCGACAUGGACGGCAAGAUGAGGAAGAUGGCCGAGCUGCAGCUGUCCGUCAUCAGAGAGCAGAAGAACAGGAAGGCCGUCGAGAGCCAGAUCCAGCAGUGGGAGCAGAACCUGGAGAAGCUGAACCUGGAUCUGUUCCGGCUGCGCUGUUACCUGUCCAGCCUGCAGGGCGGCGAGCUGCCCAACCCCAAGAGCCUGCUGGCCGUCGCCAGCCGGCCCUCCAAGAGCAUGCUGGGACGUCUGGGCGUCUUCUCCGUCUCCUCCUUUCACGCUCUGGUGUGCAGUCGGGACGAGGCGGCGCUGCGGCGGCGGGGUCGCUCGCUGUGCAGAGGCGGCGGCGGCGGCGGCGGGGGGAAGCGAGGCCUCCUGUCCUCCCUGAAGGCUCUGGACGGACGGAGCCGACGCAGCCGGGACGCCCGACACCUGUCCGGCCAGGUCUCAGAGAGUCAAAGCGUCACGGCGUCCGUCUGCAGCUCUGAGAGGCUGGACAGUUUACCCAGGAUGCCGCGGGGUGCGGCGCCCCCUGCAGGCGCGUCGUGGCACGGCAGCCUGCAGUCUGCGGUGUGUGUGAGGCUGCCGGGCGGCCAGACGCUCUCUGUGGCCGUGAGACAGGACGGGCUGGUGUGUGAGCUGCUGGCUGCUGUGUGCCAGGAGAGGCAGCUGGACCCGACUCAGUUCUGUCUGCGUGUGAAGAGAAACGUGGGACAGAAAAGUGAAACGUGCACAGCGGCGCCGAGCGAAGCCGUCAGUCAGCUGGUGUUUGACGAGCUGGAGCUCUGCCCGCUCUCUGUCUUCACCGUCCAGCUCUGCAGGCCCGACGCCGCUGUCGACUUCGGCUUCGCGGUGACAGGCCACGUGGACGGAGCCGGGAAAAGUCACGUGUUCGUCAGCGAGGUGGACCCGCUGGGACUCGCCGCCAGCGGAGGUCUGCGGGCCGGAGACGAGGUCCUGGCGGUGAACGGGGCCGGCGUGUCCCGUCUGGAUCUGGGCCGCAUGCAGAGCUUCUUCAGCCACCAGGCGCUGCAGCUGCUGCUCAGGAGGGACGAGACGAGGCCCGAGGAGCCCGGCCCCGUCUGGCCCGACCCCGGGGACCCCGGGGACCCCGCUGACCCCGCCGACCCCGCCGACCCCGGCCAGCCGCCCACCUGGGCCGCAGAUUCACCGUCGACCAAUGAGAGCGUCCCGCCUCCUGCGGCGGAGGAGGUCUCGACGAGGCCGUGCGAGGAGAGCGAGCCGGCGGGACAGAACGUGGAGCGGGUCUACUCGCUGUACCACAACCUCCCAGAAGGCCGUGCGGCGGAGGCGGACGUCCCCAGGAACCCGUACAGCCGCGCCGCCGUCCUGCCGGCCGCCUGUCCCAAACACCUGAGCGUCUGCCAGCGGCUCCGCAAGGUGAUCCAGGAGCUGGUGGACACCGAGAAGUCCUACGUCAAGGAUCUGGUCUGCCUGUUGGACAUCUACCUGACCCCCCUGCAGGGCGAGACCUUCCUCAGCCAGGACGAGAUGGAGGCUUUGUUCGGCAGUCUGCCGGAGAUGCUGGACUUCCAGAGAGUGUUUCUGCAAACUCUGGAGGAGAGGAUCGCCUCGUGCCCCGACUUCAGCUCGCUGGAGACGCCCGAGCAGUUCAAGAAACUGCUCCUGUCGCUGGGAGCUUCCUUCCUCUACUACGCCGACCACUUCAAGCUGUACAGCGGCUUCUGCGCAAACCACAUCAAGGUCCAGAAGGUUCUGGAGAGAGCGAAGACGGACGCCGCCUUCAAGCAGUUCCUGGAGGCCCGGAACCCGACCAAGCAGCACUCGUCCACCUUGGAGUCGUACCUGAUCAAACCUGUGCAGAGAGUCCUCAAGUACCCGCUGCUGCUGAGGGAGCUGGUGUCACUGACGGACAGCCAGAGCCACGAGCACGCCCACCUCACAGAGGCCCUGCGGGCGAUGGAGAAGGUGGCGAGUCACAUCAACGACAUGCAGAAGAUCUACGAGGAGUACGGCUGCGUGUUCGACCAGCUGGCCGCCCAGCACAGCGGAGCCCACAAACAGGUGACGGAGAUCUCCAUGGGGGAGUUCCUGGUCCACUCCUCUGUGGUUUGGCUGAACCCGUUGCCCUGCCUGGGACGCCUGCGGAGGGAGCCGGAGCUCACGCUGUUCGUGUUCAGGCGAGCCGUCAUCCUGCUGUACAGAGAGAGCAGCAAGCUCAAGAAGAGGAUGACCAGCUCCCGGUCAGGCGACCUGGACCCCUUCAGGUUCCGCUGGUUAAUCCCAGUGUCGGCUGUCCAGGUGCGACCGGCCAACAUCACAGGGACAGAGAACCCGUGUGUGUGGGAGCUGGUUCACACCAGGUCGGAGGUGGAGGGACGACCGGAGACAGUGUUUCAGCUGUGCAGCAGCGGUUUGGAGACGAAGGCCAGCGUGGUGCGCGCCCUGCGCUCCCUCCUCAGGGACGGAUCCAGACGGGCCGUCCCGGCAGAACGAAGCUCCGCCGGCUCCCUGAGGAGGAGCAAGCCCUCCGCCGCCGAGAGGGGGGCGGGGUCCUGGAGGAGGAGGCAGCAGCAGCGGCGCUCUGACGCCCAGAGGACGGCUCACCAUCAGCCGGAGGAGAGCGGCACGCCCGGCGGCGUCCUCGCUGCCGAAACGUUCUGCGAGCCGCCGCCGCCCGGCGACGCCCCCGCCGCCGUGCUGCCCGGCCUGGAGGCCGACGCCCUGGGAAAGAGGGCGAGGCUCUGCUCCCUGACCAGCGACCUGGAGGCCCAGCUGCAGAGGCUGAACUUUGCCGAGGAGGCGGCGGCGGCGGCGGCAUCGCGGCCUGACGAGCAGGCGAUGAACGGGUGGCCCCCGCCGGGCCAGAGGAGGAGCGGCGGUCCGUACGGAGCCCCCGCAGGAGGAACGCCGGAGGAGGCGAACGCUCUGGACCUCAGCAGCCUCCUGGAGAGAGACUUCAGCGUGCAGAGCAUGGCGUCGGCCGUAAACGAAGACUGUUUCUACGACGCGGUGCUGGGGAUCCAGAAGGCCGCCAUACCGACGCUGUAGAACCAACAUCUGGAGGACGGACGGACGCACCGCCACGCCGCGGCGCCAAAACCUGCAGAGUCUCCACCGCGCUCCGCUUUCACCUCCGAGGCCUCGUUCACACUGCAAAACACCACAUGGAGCGUCAUUUUUGCAAAUCAGAUCCAAACCACAUCUGGAGGAGGUUUGACAUGCGACUCCAGAUGUUUCUCAGCUCCGGACGCUCAGAUCGCAUUUCAGAGUGUCUGAUUUGAGAGAGAGAUGUGAUUUGCCUGCAGUCUGAGCGAGACCCUGUUGUUUAACGUGUUCAGGAAAAAUCCCUCGUUCGUUCACGAUCACAUGAACUUUGAAUUCUUCAGAGAAAAACACCAGACGUCUCCAGAUGUUUUCCUCAAACCUCAUCCAGCUCCUGAACUUCGGCUUCUUUGGUCAGAUUUCGCAGCUGCAACGUAAAAAAAAAUGUUUCCCAGAUGAAACAAACAGGAAUGUGAUUUUUCUACUUUUUUUUUUUUUUUCAGACACAGCUCCCAUUCAUGUGCAAUGGGAGACGUCACUCCUGCUUCAGUCUCUUAUGGACGAAUGUCGGCUUUCAUUCUGAUGUUGUUUUUAUUUUGCGUUGUAAAUAUUCCUCCCUGUACAGUUUUUCACUCUCAGUCUCUGUGUUGUUGUUUUAUUUUUUGACAAAAGCAGUUUUUUUUUGUUUGUUUGUUUUUUGUUUUUUUAUUUUUUUUGUAGAUUUCUGGAACUGCUUGAUCAGAUCAAACUUUGUAUUUUCUCCAGUUUUAUUUAUAUUUUUGUGUUUUGAGAUGCAGACGGACAGCAGAGGCUCUUUAUUCUCUUCAUGAGAUGUUUUUUUUUUUUUUCUUAAAAAUGUAUUUUCUUUGAGAAUAUGACUGUUAAAGUAUUUGUCAUUAAUUGGUAAUUUAUUUUCCAACGUAUCUUUUGAAUGACUUGAUACUGUGCAAGUUCAAUAAAUAGUGUCAUAUUUAAUUAAAA